AUGAGUAAUAAUGACGAUAGAUCUGCGCAUUCGAAAUGUAUAGAAGACUUACCUGAAGAAAUUUUAUUACGAAUCUUUCGAUUUAUCUUACCGUAUAACGAUUAUGUAGCUAUUCGACUUGUAUGUCGACAAUGGGAAAGACUAUGGCGUGAUACCAAACAAUGGCGACUAGAAAACUUUUCGAGUCAGAUAUCAUUGUCUACAUCACCUGUCUCAAUUCAUUGGCAAUUACUGGAUCCGCCGACGAAGUUUAACCUCACACCGCGAUUCGCUCAUUCGACGUGUUAUGUUGCUUCCAAACGGAAGUUGUAUGUUUUUGGUGGCAGUCGAGAUAUGUCAACGACACUCAACGAUUUUUGGCAUUUAGAUUUAUCGACCCGAAGUUGGGAACGAAUUUUACCAACAGGACAAUACCCACCACCGAAAUGCUCGUCUACAUUUGUCGAUGACGAAAAUGGCAACUUGAUACUUUUCGGUGGACGAUCAAUGAUCUACACGGAUGACAUACAUAUGCGAGAACAGCUUCAUCAUGAACUGCAUUCAUAUUCAUUAGAAAACAAUACAUGGAAUCUGCAUGUAAGUUUGAAUGAACCCGGUCCGAUAUCUGAACACAGUGCAUCGAUUGCUAUUGUGAAUAACCAAAAACUCAUGGUUGUUUUUGGUGGUUUGGUUGGAGCAGUCAAUCAACAAGCGGUCCUUCAACUAACGGACGAUCUGUGGCAAUGGACAAAUAUCGAAACGAAUACAUGGUCGAUGGUGCAAGUUAAUGGACUUCGCCCGGAACCGAGAAAAGGUCAUUCUCAAUUUACGUUGGAUGCCGACCAGAUUCUUAUUGUUGGUGGUUCAUCUCUAACUCGCGUAUGUCGCGACGUAUGGCUUUUUUCAUUUCAAACCAACCAGUGGACACAAAUCACUGUAAAUAAUCAACAUCCGAACGAUUUCGCGCCCAGCAAUGAGGACCUGCCCCACAUUCCAUUUUGUCUCGUUGCUUCUUCUCAACUGUUAAUCACAUUCGGCCGAUGGAAACGACAUCCAACGGAAAACGAACUUCGAACAUACAGUGAAUAUGAUUUUUCCCACUGUGAUUCCAAAUCUCGUGAACAAUUCUUCGCACCUCCAAGUAGUUCCAGUGAUGACAGUGAUGAACCUGCUCGUUGUACAAAUGCCUGCCGACGACCAUUCUUACCUCCAAUGAAAACGAAGUACAACCUAUUGGAACUUUCCACUGGCUUACAGAUGUAUCGUCUAGACUUAUCGAAGAUAUUCUCUUCAGCUCCAUGCGUAACGUGGUUACCUUCGAAAUGUACAACAGUAUUCGGUAGUCCAACUCGUUCAUCUCGAUAUUAUUCGUUGAAUUGUGCACGAAGUGAAUUGAUUCUUUUUGGUGGAAUAGAAAAGCGCAAGUUGCAUUUACAAAAACCUUCCUCAGAGAAUGAUCAUCGAUUGCAAUCGAUAUCAGGCACUCUUGCUUUUAUCACAAUAUCAAAUGUUUCUCUUUAG